AUGCAGUUUAUUGGUAUAAAUGAAACGGUACUAGAUGAUUUUCCAGAUUUUUCUUCAGAUGAAAGUAAUAGUACUGAAUGGGGAUAUCAAGGAGUUGAUGGACUCGAAGUAGUAAUCAAUGGAUAUACAUUCUCCAGCAAAGAGAACAAGUUUUUUUUAUUUGAUGCAACAGGAAUGAGAUCAAGAGUUUAUCCAAAAAAAUUUCUCUGGUGUCUACAUGUUAUGAAAUUGGAAGAAUUUUGUUUAUUAAAGGAUAUGAAUAAUUUCUAUGCGGAAAUUAAAAAUGGUAAUAUAGGGAGAAAUGAAAAUGAAGAAGAAAGGCAAGUCGAUUUAGUUGAUAUCUAG